AUGAAGUCUAACCACUGUGGUCCCCAGAACGCAAGUUAUGCAGUCAUGACCUUCCGCCCAACCGCGGAGGAAUUUAAAGAUUUCAAUAAAUACAUUGCUUACAUGGAAUCCCAGGGUGCACACCGAGCAGGCCUCGCCAAGGUGAUUCCACCCAAGGAAUGGAGGGCCAGGCCGACCUAUGACGACAUCAGUGACAUCCUAAUUGCAACUCCCCUCCAGCAGGUGGUCUCCGGGCAGGCAGGUGUGUUUACUCAAUACCAUAAAAAGAAGAAAGCCACGACAGUGGGCGAGUACCGCCGUCUGGCAAACAGCGGGAAGUAUCAGACUCCACCACACUCGGGGUUUGAGGAUUUGGAGCGAAAAUACUGGAAGACGCGUCUCUACGAUUCUCCCAUCUAUGGCGCUGACAUCAGCGGCUCCUUGUUCGACGAAAACACCAAGGAGUGGAACCUGGGACACCUGGGAACCAUCCAGGACCUGCUGGAGCAGGAGUGCGGCGUGGUGAUCGAGGGCGUGAACACCCCGUACCUGUACUUCGGCAUGUGGAAGACCACGUUCGCCUGGCACACGGAGGACAUGGACCUGUACAGCAUCAACUACCUGCACUUCGGGGAGCCCAAGACUUGGUACGCGGUGCCCCCGGAGCACGGCCAGCGCCUGGAACGCCUGGCCACGGAGCUCUUCCCCGGCAGCGCCCGCGCCUGCGAGGCCUUCCUGCGGCACAAGGUGGCUCUCAUCUCGCCCACGGUGCUCAAGGACAACGGGAUCCCGUUCAGUCGGAUCACGCAGGAGGCGGGCGAGUUCAUGGUGACCUUUCCCUAUGGCUACCACUCUGGCUUCAACCACGGCUUCAACUGCGCCGAAGCCAUCAACUUCGCCACCCCGCGCUGGAUCGAUUACGGCAAGGUGGCCUCCCAGUGCAGCUGCGGGGAGGCCAGGGUCACCUUUUCCAUGGACGCCUUCGUGCGCAUCCUGCAGCCCGAGCGCUAUGAGCUGUGGAAGCGCGGGCAGGACCGGGCUGCCGUGGACCACACGGAGCCCGUGGCGCCGGGCGGUCCGGAGCUGAGCGCCUGGCGCGAGGUGCGCGGCCCCGGGAGAGGCGCGUGGAGCCUGCGGCACCUGCCACCGCGCCGGGCCCCACGGGCCCCGCGGGCCCCGCGACCCGGGGCUGCUGGCUGGAGCCCCCGCCGCCGCCGCCGCGGCCCGGCUCUGCGCCAGGCCUCCCCGCGCCCCUUACCCGCCCAGAGUUCUUCCUCUGCUGCCCAGUGCGGGGCUGUCCCCGCCCGCCCCUCCGGGGAGCCCGGACCCACCGGGCCACAGCCCCCCACUCCCUGUGCCCCAGGUCCCCGGCCCUCCCCUGGCAGGUGUGGUCCUGGUCGUCGUCCUCGGGAACAGGGGGCUCAGGGGCCUAGCCUCCAAGCCCGGGCCAAGAGGCGCGUCUUGGAGGGAGUGGGGCACACAGCUCCCCACUCUGAGGCUCAACCCCUUCCUCUGGAUGGAGGCUGGGUGGACAAGGCGGCACCACUGAGCCUUGGAUCCGGUUUUAUGCUCAGGCUUCUGGGUGCUCCUGUGCCCCUGAUCUUCAACCCUUAG